AAAGGGUGCGCUUUGCGCGCGGCUUUCGAAGUUACUUUUGCGCAGCAGAAGGUUUGAGUGUGGUAGUGAUAAUAAGUCUGUAAAUUUAGUUCUUCAGCAAUGCCUCCACCUCAGCUAUCAGCUUCUACAGAGACAUUUUUCUCUCUUGAAGACGUGCAUAUCAACGACGAAAAUCAGCCACCUUUGAAGACACUAACUAGCAACAAGAAAAAGCCGCUAGGAAAUAGUCAAAAACAGAAUAUACACACACAGUCCAACCACUUGACAUCUGGUGUAAAACAGGACAGAAAAAAGCAAGUUUCUGCAGAUGAACCUCUGCUUCGUGACAACCCCAGGCGAUUUGUGGUGUUUCCUAUUGAAUAUCAUGACAUAUGGAAAAUGUACAAAAAGGCAGAAGCAUCAUUUUGGACUGCAGAAGAAGUAGACUUAUCCAAGGAUCUUUUACAUUGGGAGAGGCUGAAACCUGAUGAACGUCACUUCAUUUCCCAUGUUCUUGCAUUCUUUGCUGCCAGUGAUGGCAUUGUGAACGAAAAUUUGGUUGAAAGGUUCAGCAAGGAGGUGCAAGUGACAGAGGCACGCUGCUUCUAUGGCUUCCAGAUUGCAAUGGAGAAUAUCCAUAGUGAAAUGUACAGUCUUCUUAUUGACACUUACAUCAAAGACCCAAAUGAAAGGGAUUACCUCUUCAAUGCCAUUGAGACUAUGCCCUGUGUUAAGAAGAAGGCUGACUGGGCAAUCAGAUGGAUAAAUGACCACAAUGCAGAUUAUGGAGAGCGUGUUGUAGCAUUUGCAGCAGUUGAAGGAAUUUUCUUCUCGGGCUCAUUCGCAGCAAUCUUCUGGCUAAAGAAACGUGGAAUCAUGCCAGGUCUUACAUUCAGCAAUGAGCUUAUCAGCCGUGAUGAGGGGUUACAUUGUGACUUUGCGUGCCUCAUGUUUCGCCACCUGCAUAACAAACCAUCCCAAGAACGUAUCUACACAAUCAUCAAAGAUGCUGUACAAAUUGAACAGGAAUUUCUGACUGUGGCUUUACCCUGCAAUCUCAUUGGCAUGAAUUGUGAACUUAUGAAACGCUACAUUGAGUUUGUAGCAGAUCGUCUUCUUGUUGAACUGGACUGUGCCAAGCUUUAUGGCUCUCAGAAUCCCUUUGAUUUUAUGGAGCACAUCUCCUUGGAGGGCAAAACCAACUUCUUCGAAAAAAGAGUGGGUGAAUACCAGCGUAUGGGCGUCAUGAGUGACAAAACAGACAAUCACACUUUUACCCUUGAUGCAGAUUUUUAGAUACUGGUGUAAAAUCAAUUCUUUUAAGAAACCUGUUUCUAUCAACAAACUUGGACUGUAAUUUAUUGCAAUAGUUGCUUUUAAUUUGUUUAUACCAAAAUAAAGAAUGUUAAUCUGA